AUGAAGUUCGUCGAGUCCCCUCCCCAGUCGGCCCCUCUCCAGUCGUCCUCCCCAGUGGCCCCUCUCCCAGUGGUCCCCUCCCCAGUGGCCUCUCCCGUCGUCCCCUCCCCAGUCGCCCCCUCUCCAGUGGCCCUCCCCAGUCGCCCCCCCCCCAGUCGCCCCCCUCCCCAGUCGCCCCCUCCCCCAGUCGUCCCCUUUCCCCAGUCGUCCCCUUCCCCAGUCGCCCCCCCCACGUGUGGAGGCCUUGCAGGCCCGUGUGAGGAGCCAGUGAGCGGGCCCAGGCCGAGCUGGUUGGGCACGGCCUCCCGUCAGAUGGGAGGGUCUGGCCCAGCAGAGCACCGUGGCCCUGGAGGCCCUGCAGAGACGACUGGGCCUGGCCCACACACAGCUGGAGCAGCUUCAAGCCUUCACGAAGAAAACUGGCUCAAAUUUCCAUCUCUCGCUUUCUCUAGUUUCAUCACCCUUUCUUUAUUUUCUUCCUGUCAGGCUCUGGCAAGCGAAACUCUCCGCGAGGUGCAGGACGCCAAAUCGCAGCUGAAGAGGAAGAGGGUGGAGAAGAAGAAGGCAGUAGGGGGGCUGUCCAAGCAGUCCAUGGUCAAGGCCCAGUCCAUCGCUGCGUCCAUCCUCAACAUGACCGAGACGGACCUUGCUGACAUGCUGGACACCGACGAGGAGGGGGAUGAUGUGGCAGCAGACAGUAGGCGAGACCAGGACUGGUUGGACCAGGUCAUGAAGAUCCUCCAACAACAGAUCCCCUCUGCUGCUCUCCUAAUGGAGGUGCUGUGUGUGAAGAUGAAGGAGAGGAAAGUGCUGACAGAAGCACUGGCCGCGCUCACAACACCAGUCAGCGAAAUCGUCUGACUCCCACUCCGGGGCUGAGGGCUGCGGCUGGGAAAAACUGUCAUCCUCUCACUCUCCUCCUCUUCUCUCUCCAUCCCUCCUUCGUGCCCAGGCCUUUCUUUCUCAGUGGGGGCUGAGUUCGCCGAGUCGACCUGAAGUUACUCUGUGUGUGUGUGUGUUUGUGUGUGUGUGUGUGCGCGCGUUCGCAUGCAUGCGCACGUGUGUGAAGUUGCCUCCACGCCGCGCUUCCAGAACCAAUAUUUACGAGAAAAGCGCUGUCGACUCACUCCGAGCCACUCGCUCACGCAGCGGUCUAGUGGCGUGCCGGGGCCCAGCCUUUGUAAAUGAGCCCCCAACAUCUGUGUUAGUGGUUAGCGCGCUCCAUCUGCGAGACAGGGCCCUUUAGCGUCAGGCUAAUUUACAGUACAGAGACAAACGCUCCCUCCCUUUCUCUCCCUUCUCCAAAAGCCAUCCUGGGGUGAUGAUAACGUUAUGCUUACGUUUUUACUUAAAGUUAGACAUUAGUUUUUUAUGGUUUUUUUAUUUUUAUAUUUUCUGUAAUUUAUUGUGGAUCUCAAGGACCCCAGGGUGCUGGGAGUGGGACCUGACCCAACAGUGCAGACUCAACGAAAGAAAAAGUACACUCUUAAAGUAAGAAGCAGAGAUACUCUCUCUCUUCUUAGGAUGUACUGGACUCUCCGAGCAAGUCCGCCACCUGCAUUCCAUUGACCAUUUGGGCCGAUUGGAUUCCAUUGUUCCUUUCACGUUUCAGUGACCAAAUGCUCCAAAUGUAAAUUAUAUCAUAAAAUAUGAAUUUUGUGUGUUAUGUUUGUUUGUUUUGUCUAGGUGUAUUCUGAAAUAUGUUUUAUUUCAGAAUACUACUAGACAUUUGUGUGUUCAGUUCAUAUUGUACUUUGCAAUAGGUAAUUAUGUUAUAUUGUUAAUUGAUUUGAAACUGAAUUUAAAUAAAAGUGUGUUGCCAA